GUGAAGGAAUGGGCUCGAAGAAGACUCCAGAUGCAAGAGGCGCGUCUCGAAAAACGUGUCAUUUAGAAGAGAGUCUGUUUCCUGCAGGAACUGCAGUUGGCAGCUGUAGCCACAGUCGGUUGCGAGAAAGCUCCCCACCUGGGGAAGCCAGACGGCUCACGUGUGCGCUCGGCAGGGAGGACGCGGCGGCCGCGGGACUCGAACCGGUUGUCCAGAGGCGCCCUGGGGUCUGUCUGCGGCCUGGCCUGCUGGCCCAAAUUAAAGUGGGAGGAAGCCGGCGUGCACAGCUGUCUUCGGUCGUGCUAAGGCCUCCGCUCCCUGCCUUCUCCCCUCUCUCCCGCCUCCCGCCCCAGAAAUGAUCUCAAGCGUUGCCAGUUUGAUUCCAGAGCCCCACUCGGCUGACACAGCAGACCUCAGCAGCGGCGUUGUGAGGACUUAGCUGGGACCUGGAAGCGUAUCCUCCUGUGUUUUUUCAGACUCCUUGGAAAUUAAGGAAUGCAAUUCUGCCACCAUGAUGGAAGGAUUGAAAAAACGUACAAGGAAGGCCUUUGGAAUACGGAAGAAAGAAAAGGACACUGAUUCUACAGGUUCACCAGAUCGAGAUGGAAUUCAGCCCAGCCCACAUGAACCACCCUACAAUAACAAAGCAGAGUGUGCGCGUGAAGGAGGAAAAAAAGUUUCGAAGAAAAGCAAUGGGGCUCCAAAUGGAUUUUAUGCAGAAAUCGAUUGGGAAAGAUACAAUUCACCUGAGCUGGAUGAAGAAGGCUACAGCAUCAGACCUGAGGAACCCGGCUCUACCAAAGGAAAGCACUUUUAUUCUUCAAGUGAAUCGGAAGAGGAAGAAGAAUCGCACAAGAAAUUCAAUAUCAAGAUUAAACCAUUGCAAUCUAAAGACAUUCUUAAGAAUGCGGCAACUGUAGAUGAACUGAAGGCAUCGAUAGGCAACAUUGCACUUUCCCCGUCACCAGUGAGGAAAAGUCCGAGGCGCAGCCCGGGUGCAAUUAAAAGGAACUUAUCCAGUGAAGAAGUGGCAAGACCCCGGCGUUCCACACCAACUCCAGAACUUAUAAGCAAAAAGCCUCCUGAUGACACCGUGGCCCUUGCUCCCCUCUUUGGCCCGCCAUUAGAAUCAGCUUUUGAUGAACAGAAGACAGAAGUUAUUUUAGAUCAGCCUGAGAUAUGGGGUUCAGGCCAGCCAAUUAAUCCCAGCAUGGAGUCGCCAAAGUUAACAAGGCCUUUUCCCACCGGAACACCUCCACCACUGCCUCCAAAAAAUGUACCAGCCACCCCACCUCGAACAGGCUCCCCCUUAACAGUUGGACCAGGAAAUGAACAGUCAGCCACAGAGGCCAAAAUUGAAAAACUACCUUCCAUCAAUGACUUGGACAGCAUUUUUGGCCCAGUGUUGUCCCCCAAGUCUGUUGCCGUGUACACUGAAGAAAAGUGGGUCCAUUUCUCUGACAAUUCCCCGGAACAUGUUACUCCAGAGUUGACUCCAAGGGAAAAGGUGGUGUCCCCACCGGCAGCAUCAGACAACCCAGAUGACUCCCCGGCUCCAGUCCCUCCUGGCCCCCCGGUGCCCGUGGGUCCCCCAGGACCUCCUGGGCCUCCUGGGCCUCCUGGGCCUCCUCGCAAUGUACCAUCUCCGCUCAAUUUAGAAGAAGUCCAGAAGAAAGUCGCUGAGCAGACCUUCAUUAAAGAUGAUUACUUAGAAACAAUCUCAUCUCCUAAAGAUUUUGGGUUGGGACAGAGAGCAACUCCACCUCCCCCACCACCACCCACCUACAGGACUGUUGUCUCGUCCCCUGGACCUGGCUCGGGCAGUGGUACGGGGACCGCCAGUGGUGCAUCAUCUCCUGCUCGACCAGCCACUCCCUUGGUUCCCUGCAGCAGUACCACGCCACCUCCUCCUCCUCCCAGGCCUCCCUCCCGGCCAAAGCUACCUCCAGGAAAACCUGGAGUUGGAGAUGUGCCCAGACCCUUUAGCCCACCCAUACAUUCUUCCAGCCCUCCUCCGAUAGCACCCUUAGCCCGGGCUGAAAGCACUUCUUCAAUAUCGUCAACCAAUUCCCUGAGUGCAGCCACCACUCCCACAGUUGUGUCAGAAGAUGAUGUUUUUUAUGACAAACUGCCCUCGUUUGAAAGGCGCUGUGACACGCCUGCAGAGAAUGAACAGCCUUCCCUCGUUUGGUUUGACAGAGGAAAGUUUUAUUUGACUUUUGAAGGUUCUUCCAGGGGCCCCAGCCCCCUAACCAUGGGCGCCCAGGAUACCCUCCCUGUUGCAGCAGCAUUUACAGAAACUGUCAAUGCCUACUUCAAAGGAGCAGAUCCAAGCAAAUGUAUCGUUAAGAUUACUGGAGAAAUGGUGUUGUCUUUUCCUGCUGGCAUCACCAGACACUUUGCCAACAACCCAUCCCCAGCUGCUCUGACUUUUCGGGUGAUAAAUUUCAGCAGGUUAGAACAUGUCCUGCCAAAUCCCCAACUUCUCUGCUGUGAUAAUACACAAAAUGAUGCCAAUUCCAAGGAAUUCUGGGUAAACAUGCCAAAUCUGAUGACUCACCUAAAAAAAGUGUCGGAACAAAAACCCCAGGCUACAUAUUAUAAUGUGGACAUGCUCAAAUAUCAGGUGUCUGCCCAGGGCAUUCAGUCCACGCCUCUGAACCUGGCAGUGAACUGGCGAUGUGAGCCUGCAAGCACUGACCUGCGCAUAGAUUACAAAUACAACACGGACGCCAUGACCACGGCCGUGGCCCUGAACAACGUGCAGUUCCUGGUCCCCAUAGACGGAGGCGUGACCAAGCUCCAGGCCGUGCUUCCGCCCGCAGUCUGGAAUGCUGAACAACAAAGAAUACUGUGGAAGAUUCCCGAUAUCUCUCAGAAGUCAGAAAAUGGAGGGGUGGGUUCCUUAUUAGCAAGAUUUCAGCUAUCUGAAGGCCCAAGCAAACCUUCCCCACUGGUUGUGCAGUUCACAAGUGAAGGAAGCACUCUUUCUGGCUGUGACAUUGAACUUGUUGGAGCAGGGUACCGGUUUUCACUCAUCAAGAAAAGAUUUGCAGCAGGAAAAUACUUGGCAGAUAACUAAUAAAAUCUUAUGCAAGGAUCUGGAGGAUUCAUAUAAUGGAGAACUGUUGUAUGAGAACAGGUUUUAAUUCUGGUUUGAUGAGAGCAAACCAAUAUCUGCACUUGGGAUCUAUCAGCUGGAAAGUCGAUGGCUUUCAGCAGUGAUUUCCCUCACACCACACCAUGAUGACCAGUCCUACAGUAUUUACUUCUAGGUGUAAUAUUGUUAAUGGUUUUAAAAUGUAAUUAUUGUAUUUGUAAAUUGUAUUAUCAUUCCAGUAAGGCAGUUAGACACUUGAGUUUUAGCAUUUUACCAUUCCUGAAACGGAUGUAAUUUAAACUGUGGUAUGUAAAUUUAAUAGUAGUACUGUUGAAUGGCACAAUGCUUACAGAGGUAGGUUGCAUUUUGUCAAUAUAUAAAAUUUAAAUAUAAUAUUGAUAGCUGUCAUAAAGGGGGUGCCACAUAUAAAGAAACUUCAAUGGAACCAGAAGAAAAAAGAACUUACUUUUCUUUAGUCCUUAGUAUGUUUUACUCUAGUGCUAAAUAAAAAUUCUAUCUUCAAAUGUUUAGUGGGUUAAAUUCAGAAACUAUUUCAGAAAAAAAUUCUAAGGUUACAGCAUAUUCAAAGAAAAGCAUUAAUUACCACUUUUUAAAAAGCUUUUUUUUCAAACUGCAAAUUUCAUAAAAAUGCAAACUGUAAACAGGGCCUCUUAUUUUUAUAACUUGUGUAAAAAGGGAAAGCAAUUCAUAUUUAAAGUUUAAGUAUAUUAAAUGAUAACCAAGAGUAAAGAAGAUGUCAAAAUCUUAACUACUUCCCCCUCUCUCUGCAGUUUAACAAAUGUGGAGAUUGCUGAAUAACCAGUCAGACUAAAAGCAAAAUUGUGACUAAGAUUUCAAGACCUUCCGUAGUUGAACUGGUCAACAACGUUUGCACAAUUCCUCUGAACAGAUGGUCUCUCUCACCCAGCCUGAGGGAAUGAUACCUCAUGUCUUCCUCUUUACCCACAGGAAUCAAAACACUGAGAAUAAGAAUCUCAGAAAAUAAUUUUUAGUUCCCUGUUUAGAUCCAGAAGGAGAAUUUUAAUUAUCAUUUUUAUCAUUUGGGAAAGAACAAAUAAGCUUUAUAAAUGAAAUUCUAUUCACGUUAUUGUACAAUAAAUUUCCUUUUGGAUGAUUAAGAUUCAUUGUAUAAAACUGUCAAUCUUUGCUAUUGUUGGGGAAUCAAGAGAAGAGUCAUCCAAGUCAUCUCAUUGUUCCAAGGACCACAAAAAUUGCAAUUCCUCAGUCUGGCCCCAGGACGUGGGGAGUCAGAGAGAAUUCCUUCAACAAACCCAGUUGUAAAAUCUUCCCCCAUUAAGAUCUGAAAACAUUAUUCUGCCUUUAAGUCAUAAAACUUAUUUUAAACAUAAACACCAAGUCCUAUUCUGGGUUAUAUUAUUAAAUAACUAAAAUUAAUUGUUCUAUUUGCCAUUAGCUGCUAAAUUUCAUUUUAUAUUCACUCAAAUUUGACAAAGAAUCUUUAGCCCCUUUAAAUUUUAGAUUGAAAUUAAAUUUUUUAGAUCUCACUUUUAAAAUGAGAUUGUGACUGGUAAUUGUUUAUAGUGGAAAUUUUUAAAUUACUCUUUGUACUCUUCAAUCAAUGCUUGCUACCAAAAGAAUGUUCAGAAUGACCUGUUUUACCUUGAAAGAAUUCUAAGUAUUCAAACAAACUGUCAGUUGGUUCCCCAAAGCCCUGUGGUGUUGAAGUUUUUUUGAACAAACUAAUUAAUAUACUCAUUUUAAGUAAAAAUAUUCAAUCUGACUUCGAAACCAAAUUUGAAAAAUGCAAACCUUUAAAUCCCCAAAACAUGGGAAAAUUCAGAACACUAAAACCAUUGGAGAGUAUACAGCAGAAAAUUGAGAAUUAUCUAUAGUAUGAAAAUAAAAAAACAUGGUUUUUAAAUAUCAGUUCAUGAAAAAACAUUGAAUAUUAACACAAAGCAUAUUAAAAAUAUGUAAAUAUUACUGGUUCUCAUGUUUUUCUCUUUAUAUUUUAUUUUAUAUAGAUUUAGAAUGAAUUAGUAAUUAAACACAGUUUUUUUUCCAAAGAAUAAUUUUGUCAAUAUUGUAAAAAACGUAAUUAAAAAUAUAGAUUUUAGUAGUUUCUAACAUUAUUCAGAUGUUUCCAGGAACUAAAUUUGAAACUAUGAAGAACUGCUAUGACCCCAUAUUUGGCCUUCAUGAAACCAAAUAGAAGUCAGUGAUUUCAAAAUUGUUAAACCUUGAAUAACCAGAACCUCAGUAGAGAAUGUAUUCCUUCCCCCUUCAGAAAACAGGUCAAAUAAUAACACAGCAAGUUUAUAUCAGGGAUUUAGAUUUUGGUGUUUUGUUUUGUUUUGUUUUGUUUUAUUUUCUUUUGUUUUAGUUGUAGGUCAAACCUAUAUUUUCACAGUACUGUAGAAUAAGAUUUCAUGUUUUAAAAAAAAAGAUCCUAAACAAUGCAAAAGUCUCAGUUAUCAAAGACAUAUCAAGUCAGGUUCAUGAUCAGUUCCUAGGUCAGAACAAAGUAGAUAGUAUAUCUUAAGAUGAUUUUCAGUAUAAAGGGUUAAAAUAAAAAGUUCUAGUUAACCUGAACACUGUCUCCUGAACAUUAUGAUUCCAAAAGACUAUGCUCUAACAAGAUAGAAAAUAUAAAUGGUACUGCUUUAUUUUGGCAACAUGAAAAGUAUGUUUUCUCUUCAAAUAAAUCCCAUAUUUUUAUGAAAUUUUUAAAAAAUAAAUUCUUAUUAUAAUUAGUCUGAA